CCAUUUCAAAAGUUCCUUGAUGCUCAUCAAGGGGUGUUAGGCUGCAUUAGAAAAGAGAGGGUCAAAUCAAUAGAACUUCCCCUGUUUUGAUCUGUUCGCAGUUGGGGUGGAAUUGCAGGUGACACUGUGACAGAGAGCUUUUCCUCUUGCAAGUGAAGGCACUGAUACAACACUACACACACAUGUUUUGACAGAGACGAUCAUGAACCACGUGCACACUUCAAUUUCCCUCACACCAGGAUCUUUUGUGUCAGAAGACUAACAAAUUAGCUUCAAUUAUCGACAAUUGUUUGAUGGGUUGAUCCAAAUUCACACUCCAAAUCAGAUUCGCGACACAGAAAGUGUGAAUAAAGAAAAAAAUUUCAUAUGGCGACAUAUUUUCAUAGUAACUCCGAAAUUCAAGCCGGUGCUGACGGCCUUCAAACCCUCGUACUAAUGAACCCCGGCUACGUCCAAUACUCCGACACGCCGCCGCCGCCGCCACCCCACGGCGGAAAUAUCAUGUUCCUCAACUCCGCCACCACCGUCGCCGGCAACACCUCCCUGCAGAGCCUCCCCCACGCGCCGUCCCCCCACACGCAGCAAUUCGUCGGGGUGCCGCUGUCGGCCGCCGCGCAAGACCCGCCGCCGUCCAUGCACCACGACGUCUCCGCCCUGCAUGGCUUCCUGCCGCGCAUGCAGUACAACCUGUGGAACACAAUUGACCCCGGCGCGGCGGCGCGUGAGGCCUCACGCGCCGCCACCCGGGGGCUGUCGCUGAGCCUGCAUGCGCAGCCCGGCGAGGACGUGCGCGCGUCGUCGUCCUCCGCCUCCGGCGCCUCCAACGGCGGCGGCGUGGCGGGGAUCCAGAGCGUGCUAUUGAGUUCCAAGUAUUUGAAGGCCACGCAGGAGCUUCUGGACGAGGUUGUCAAUGUUAACAGCGGAAUUAAGGUUGAACAAGCGAAGAAGAGCUUCGAGAAAACUAAGGUGGUUGUUGAAUCCUCAACCGCCGCUAGCGGCGACGGUUCUGCUGGCGGCGACGGAAGUGGGAAGCGUAGCUCAGAAUUGUCAACUACUGAGAGACAAGAAAUUCAGAUGAAGAAAGCAAAGCUUAUCAACAUGCUUGAUGAGGUGGAGCAAAGGUACAGGCAGUACCACAGCCAGAUGCAGAUUGUGAUAUCCUCAUUUGAGCAAGCUGCGGGUAUAGGAUCUGCGAGGACGUACACUGCACUUGCACUGCAAACAAUUUCAAAGCAAUUUCGGUGUUUGAAGGAUGCUAUAACGGGGCAAAUUAGAGCUGCAAACAAGAGUUUGGGAGAAGAAGAUUGUUUGGGGGGCAAAAUUGAAGGGUCUAGGCUCAAAUAUGUUGACCAUCAUCUAAGGCAACAGAGAGCUAUUCAGCAAUUGGGAAUGAUCCAUCACAAUGCUUGGAGACCCCAGAGAGGGUUGCCAGAGAGAUCGGUUUCUGUCCUACGUGCUUGGCUCUUUGAACACUUUCUGCACCCUUACCCCAAGGACUCGGACAAACACAUGCUUGCAAAACAAACAGGGCUUACCAGGAGCCAGGUUUCAAAUUGGUUCAUAAAUGCAAGAGUUAGGCUCUGGAAGCCAAUGGUGGAGGAAAUGUACUUGGAGGAGAUGAAAGAGCAUGAACUAAAUGGGUCUGAGGAGAAAUCAAGCAAGAGUGGUGAAGAUCCUGCUUUGAAAACACCAACCUCACAAGAGAAACGUCCUACCUCAGAAAUCGAAUCUAAAAGCUUCAGUUCCAAACAAGAUGUUUCCAAAAGCCACAACACUCAAAUAGCUUCAACUUCACCAUCAACAUCACCUACUGGGGGAAAUCUCAAGAACCAAUCAGGAUUCAGUUUCAUGGGAUCAUCAGAGCUAGAUGGAAUCACACAAGGAAGUCCUAAGAAACCAAGGAACCAUGAAAUUCUACACUCUUCGAACUUGGAUGUGAAAUCCAAUGAGGCAAGCAAUGAACAACUUUCAAUGGACGAGAGACAAAGCAGGGAUGGAUACUCUUUUAUGGGAAACCAAACAAAUUUCAUUAGUGGUUUUGGACAAUACCCUAUGGAGGAAAUUGGUAGGUUUGAUGCUGAGCAAUUCACACCAAGGUUUCCAGGUAAUGGAGUUUCCUUAACUCUUGGUCUUCCACAUUGUGACACAUUGUCAGGGACACACCAAACCUUUCUCCCAAACCAAAACAUUCAACUAGGAAGAGGGUUGGACAUUGGUGAACCAAACCAGUUUGGUGCCUUGAACAAUUCCACUUCUCACUCUUCAGCAGCAUUUGAGAGCAUCAACAUGCAGAACCCGAAGAGGUUUGCUGCACAAUUGCUACCAGACUUUGUGGCCUAAAUAGAUAGUUGGUAACAUUGGUUAUAUAUGGGUUAAGGGUCUCUCAUAUUUUCUUCUAAUCCAUGUGCUUGUUAUGGGGAGUAGUGAUAAAUCUUAGUGUAAAGAAAGAAGGAAAUUUACUCUAGUAUAGGUUUAUACCUUUGCAUAGAACCAUUUGAGUUCUUAGAUAGUUUAGAGAUUUGAAAGUAUAUGGUUAUUUGAGGUUGUAUAUUAUUUUUGUAAUUUUUGAAAAUGGGAUAGAUGGGUUGGUGUCAUAAAAUUUCAAUUGGUAAAGAUAAGAAUAUAUCUUCGAUUGAGAGUAUAUGUCAUGUAAUAUUUUGCAAAUGCUCACUCACCUUUGUUUU